AUGACUGAGGCAGCAGAUGUGGAAGCAAAAAAUAUCAUUCGAGAAANUGUUCAGAUUGUUCUGUCUCGCAAUCAAAAAACAAGUAGCUUUGUUGACUGGAAAGACCUCAAGCUUGUUUACAAAAGGUAUGCUAGUUUGUAUUUCUGUUGUGCAAUAGAAGACCAGGAUAAUGAGCUCCUGACACUAGAGGUCGUUCAUCGAUAUGUAGAGCUUCUGGACAGAUACUUUGGAAAUGUGUGCGAGCUGGAUAUUAUCUUUAACUUUGAAAAAGCUUAUUUUAUUCUUGAUGAGUUUAUAAUUGGUGGAGAAGUACAAGAAACUUCGAAGAGGUCUGCAGUGAAAGCCAUAGAAGACUCUGACAUGUUGCAGGAGACAGUGGAAGAGUACAUGAACAAACCUGCAUUUUAAUGUUAGAACUACCUGGAGAGACAACUGCUGUAUGCACCUGUAAAAUGCACUUCCUGAAAUUGCUUCCCAAUGUGCCAGAUCCUCAGAGAAAUACCAAAAACCAGUAACUAAAGGGGUGGGUUUGUAUAAUGGUGAAGAUGAAGGUCAGCUGAUGUAGCACAGGGUUUAACAGUUCUGUACUUGCAUUACUCUGCAUAUGAGUUUCUCAGAGUUGUUACUACCCUCAAUUUAGUUUCUUUUCUCCUUGCUGGACUAAACACUUGUUUUGUACCAUGUCUUUUAGCUACGGGUUUUGUCAUCAUAAAAUGUUACUCUGGCAGUACUUUGAAGAGGUAUUUUUACUAGUUUUGGUCCGCUGCUGACCAUAUGACUCUACUUUUGUACAAAUGUCCAUUAUUUUGAAUGUAAUGAUUAUUCUGCUCUAAUAAUAAUUUUU